GUUACACCAUGUGGCGUGCCACCUAAGAUUAUUCUGCUGACUCAUCAUAAAAAUGCCAUGCCAUGUAGGAUUAGAAAACUGACAAUUAAAAGAAGAAGACACAUUUUUCAUUUCCGAUUAACUGGUACGGAGCACAUAACCUUUUUAAAGUUUUUAGGGUUUUUCUCUUCCUUCUCCUCCCUGAAUAAUGAUGAUUCGCCCUGAAUAACGAUGAUUCGCUCUGAUGAAGACGAAAGUUCGGAGAUCUAUUCAUCGAAUAUUGUAACCAGCGUCCUCAAGAAGGCUGCGAAAGUUCUUUAUUACCGCCACAAGAGGACAUCUUCCUGUCACUCCAAGCCACCAAUUUGGACAGGGUUUCUUUUGAAAGCUUCCCGAAAUUUUGGUCUGGGAUUUCACACGAGAGAAGCUUUGGAGUACUGGUUUGGCACAGAAAUGGAAAUAGCUUCUCUUGGAUCCGACCAGUCCAUCAAUUGGCAAUCACUUUAGGCCAAAAUGCACACUAACGAAGUUCACAGUGAAGCAUUAGCUGAAUCUUCUCCACCAAGGUUCUAUACUAAUUGCUCGAGAGAGAAGCAAUCAAUCAAUUUCUCCACCAAGUGAAGAAGGGACAUAGAUCAUAUGAGCAUACAAUGAUAGAAGAGCAGCUUCAUCUAUGGAAGAAGAGAAUGCAAAUGAGCAAUUAAUGUUAAAAUAAUGU